GAAGGAGGUUCCAUAAUACCUUUGCUGUCUCUAGACUGUGUAAUACCAGUGUAAUUCACAGUGAUUACGUGACACUUUGAGAACUGAACAGAAUCUAAAUUUUCUGGAUUGGUGCAAUUAGCACAGCUUUAAAGAGGCCAUGGAGGUGCUUGUUCUUCUAGACUUCGAGGCGACUAUGGAAGAUGAGUUGACGGUGUGUGCUGGGGAUGUGGUGAAGAAUAUCUCCAAGGCCAAAGAGGAUGGAUGGCUGGAAGGAGAGCUGAGAGGGAAGAGAGGAAUAUUCCCUGCCAACUUCGCCAAGGAAGUGCCUAUUUAUUUAAUAGGGGACAGCAACAGAGAGCCAAGAAGCAUAAGAAAAUCGAAGAAAGCAAAGGUACAACAGCGGAGAUGCGAGGUGACGUAUGCCUACACUGCCGUGCACAACGACGAGCUGGAACUGGUUGUCGGGGAGACCAUAGAGAUCCUCAGAGAGAUUGAAGAUGGUUGGUGGAUGGGAAAGAAAAAUAACAAUAUUGGUGCCUUUCCAUCAAAUUUUGUGAAAGAAAUUUUUGUGCCUUCACAAGAUAGCAAGACUGUAGAAAGUAAAACCAGGCCUAAACUCCUUGAAGCUGUCUCCAACAAUGAGGGAAAAGUUCUAAGAGCAAGUUUACGGAGAAAAUCCAAUGUGAAAGAAUGCUGUCGGGCCAUGUUCGACUACACAGCUGUAACUGAAGAUGAGCUGAGCCUGAAGAAGGGGGACGUCAUAACUAUCAUGAAUAAGGCCACUGAGGACGAGGGUUGGUGGGAAGGGGAACUGAAUGGACGCAGAGGUUUUUUUCCUGAUAACUUCGUCAUGGUGAUCCCAGCAGAUGCCCUUCAUACUGGAAAUGCAGGUGGCACACCAGUAAGACGAGGCACUGAGAAGCACACAGUUAAUCAGAUGCCAGCGAUGGACCAGAACAACUCUAAAACGAAUGCAAAGACAGAAACUAAAAGUGAGAAACCAGCCACUAAAGACUUUCGAAGUGAGCCUCCUGGUAAAAUUAUGUUACCUGGUCUACACAAACCACCAAUUCCACCACCACCAGUGAAGGAAAAGCCCAUACAAAUAGUUCCAAGAAUUGAAGAGCCGACGCCUAUCUCAACGAAACAGCCUCCAGUCUCACCAAUACUGAAAGAGGUUAAAGAAAAGACCCCUGACCAGUUUGAUGGUGUAGACGUUUCCUCAGAGAAACUGAGCCAUCCCACAGCCAACAGAGCAAAACCUCCUCAGAGAAGACCACCAACAGCCCUUGCCACUGCCUCAAAUGACCCAGUUGAAACCGACCACAAUGGAAAAGUAGAAGAGAAAGAUGGAUUACCGCAAAAUAUUCCAACCUUACCAAAGGAUACAGAAAAUCCUUCAGCACCUCCCAGCAAGACGGACCAACCACUCAAGAUCACCUCACCACCCAAGACACAGUGUGAAACCAAGCCUGUGAUUCAGGAGGACAGCGCAUCGCUCACCUCUGUGCUGAAAGUACUCAAGGAUCUACGUAUGUCACUGGACCUUCUCAAAAAUCAGCAUGAGAGAGACAUACAGGAGCUGAAAGAUGAACUGAAGGAUGAGAGGGGGAAACGGAUGAGGUUACAGGAUGAAGUGGAGGCUCUGAGAAAAAAAUAGUGACCAUUAAAGGCCGGGCACAUUUUACUACCCUCAGCGAUGCUCCUCGUGGAAACAAACGUGAAGAUAACAGAAUGACAAAUGUGAUAAUACAAGGGAAUCAGAGUCUAAAACUAC